CAUGUACUGCCUGUACCUGGAGAGAUACAUCGAGAGCCUCCUCUUCCUCGUCACCUCUGCAGCUGGGAUCGCACGAGUUCUUUCAGAUCUCUUCGGCUUCUCCCUCGGCGGCUAUUCCGUCUCCAGCAUCGACAACGGCAUGGUAGUCAACAUCGUUGUCAUCUGCGUCAUCUCUGCCGCUGGCUUCAACAGCGAGCAGGGCCCUGCCAUCAUGUUCGCCGUCACCUGCGUCAACUUCCUCCUCGACGCCUGGUUUCCCCUAUGGUCGUCGAUCCCCGAGAUGAGCCUCUGUGCCGUUGCGCUCUGCCUCCCAGUCCUUGCUCUGAGGAGGCGCCUGUCCAAGAAGCCUGACGGGAGGAGCGGGCUGCAGGAGGAGGGGCUGCUGCAGGACCUCCACGUCAUCUGGUUCUUCCUCGCCGUUGCUUUCUCCGUCCUGGCGUACAUCGUGGCCUCCAACGUCAACAACGGAUCGUUCAUUCUCCUGCAUGCUGUAUGGAGGAUCCUCCUCUAUCUCUCAGCCUGGUCUUUCCUCGUCAGCUGCUCUGCAACGACAGCGGCAGACGAUGCUCCUGGGACCGAACGACUCUUGGGCAGUGAGUUCGUGUCCUAUGAAGGAGCUAAUGGGAUCUAACGGGGAAGGCUCGGUGCUGCCGACCGAAGCUCUGCACCAAGGGGAGGAGAGAAGAGGGAAGGCAACGGGCCCUGCACCUUCGACAGAGACAGGCUGUUGCUCUCUUUCUUGAACUGAAACGCUAG